AUGGUUGAUUUCCUCUUUGAUGAUAUUUUUACCAUUGAGAAAGUGGAUCCGGAUGGCAAAAAAUUUGAUAAAGUUUCCCGAAUUGUAGCACAAAGUGAGAAGCGUGGUGUGUUGCUGAUCCUAGAUGUGAAUACAGAGAUAUAUCCGAUGCAUGAGGAGGAGAAAUUCUUGAUGGUGCUGUCUCCCACACUUAACUGGAGCGGAGCACCUGUUGCUGGAAAACAGGGACAGGUUGAGCAGAAAUCUCUUGCAGACAAGUUUGAUUAUAUAAUGCAUGGAUUGCUGUAUAAAAUGUCAACAGCAAAAGGAAAAUCAGAGUAUUCAAAAGAAGGUGUCAAAGUGGAGGUAUAUGCUUCAUUUGGUGGGCUUCAGAUGAUGCUGAAAGGAGAUCCAACAAGUUGUACUAAGUUUAAGAUUGAUCAGAACAUGUUUUUGCUUAUCAGGAAAUUGAUAUGA